UUUUUCAAGCAUUUGACGUCGUUCAUCCCAUUUCAACCCCCAAACUUUCCUCAAUGACUGACCGGCCGGCAUUCUCGAAAACAUGAGUCCAGGUACAAAUGUCAAAUAUUAGUUACGCAGAUAAAAGGUUGAUCAGAAACUAAAAUUAAAAACAUACGAGAACCAGAAGGCAAACACUUACUCGCGCAUAUGACAAACAUUGAAGCAUGAUAUUACUAAUAAAUACAUGGUUUCAGACACGGCCAUAUUAGCCGGAACCAUUUGGCCAUAAAACUUACGAUUCUUCCUCAUUUCUCUAUCUAUCUAUCCUCGCUUCUCCUUGUCCUCUAUAAGAACUCUGUAAUGUUUCCCGAAUUUCUUCCCCCGAUUAAUAUUAAUUAUUUUGUUGACACCUUGAAAAAGAUAGUCAUUUCACCACCUCCCUCUCCCUCUCUCGUUCGUAACAGUCGUAUCAUUUUCGCCACCUUGAGAUCACUAUCACCGCCUCCUUAAAUUGGUACAUUGUUAUAGAAAGGAGAAGAAGAAGAGAGAUCAAUUUUUUCAACUAUCUCUUUUUUCUUUCUAUUCUAUUAUUGCCAAACUUAAUUGGACAAUGGGCUUCCUUCACAAGCUAUGGGACGAAACUCUUGCUGGACCAGCACCUGACGCUGGCCUCAGCAAACUCCGUAACAGCUCGCAUUCCCGUGGACUGUCUGCCAGUCAUGUUCUUGACGAUGACGUUCCCGUGACUCGCAGCAUCACAAUUCUCCGUUCUAACUCCGAUAUUCGCCAUGUGAACCUUUCUCCUGACUCAGGCUCCGUGCCAUCUUCUCCCACCACUCCAGCCACUCCCGGUUCUCCAUUUUCACCUACCUCGCCUCGAGGGGAAAUAAAGAAAUUGACAAGGAGGAAAUCGACACCGGAAACAUUACAACGAUCUCGGCCUAGGAGCCCAACUGGUUACGACUGGAUUGUUCUUAGUGCUCUGGAUCGUUAAGAGACAGAAAUUGGCAACUCUUUGUAUGUUGACAAAAUUAUAUAUCGCAAGAAUUGUUCAUCUGAAUACAGACACAGAUUACAAGCACUUAAUUUAUCAGUCGAUUUCUUGCGAGUGAUCAAUCUACAUACAGAGUAAGGACAUAAUGUACACAUAUCUUACUAAUUUUAUUUAAGAUGGUUCAGUUGGAGGGGGUAAAAAAUCAUAUAUAGCUAAGGAGUUUAGAUUAUAUACUGCAAUUCAAUUCUUAGCAGCUAAUUAAGAUUCUUGUAGAGAGGAAAAGUAGAAGAGCUGGCUUUCGGCAGGGGCCUUGUUUCCUCCAUGUUAGACCGGAGUGAUGCCCUCCUUGUACUAGAAUUUUCUUUUCCCUUUUAUAUUGUUUGUAUUAACUUCUUCCUGCAAAUUAAAUCAGCAGGGACGUGUAAUAUAAUUCAUCUUUCAAUGGAAAGUUUAACUAUGAUUUAUUUCUUAUCAAA